AUGGAGUUCCCGGCAUCAUCUUUCAUCCCGCUGCCGCAUGCGGAAGCCGCUAGUGCGGUGGGAGUCAGCUGCUGGUUACAAAUGACCCGGAAGCAGAAUGGUUGUGCCAAUGUCAGGUGCACCAAUCUUGGUGCCCAGGAAAUAUCUAUGGUGUGUGGGUUUUGGUUAAGAAGAUUCGGAACCCUGUGCUACAGAAUGCGGUUACACCCGGUGAGCAUCCUGCUGAGGGUGAGGAUCCUGAAGAAGAAGAAGAAAAAGAAGUCGGAGCACAGUGGGAAAGAGCCGGAAUCGCAGGAAGGACGAGAACAGGGCCGCAGAUGUUAUAUCCUCGAGCUACCCACAGAGCUGCUUUCUCUGAUCGCUUCCCACCUACCGCCUCUCUCGGAAGCGUGUCUGGCUUUGACGUGCAAGCGCUUCCUCGCAGUAUCCGGAGCCGCCUUGCUCUCCGAGUCUCUCCAUUUCAACAAAGAUUUUGCGCCGUUAUUCCACCACUAUAAAAACUCGCAUAGUUUCGGAACCGAUAGAUGGAAGUUGCUGGAGAUGUUGGAAAAUGGCAAAUGGAGCGCAUGCUCAAAAUGCCUAAAACUACAUCCUCGCCAUGCAUUUUCAUCGAAGGAAUUGAAGCGCCCUUCGAAUACGAGGGUGUGUAACCUCGGCGACUUUGCAGGCGUUGUCGACUUGUGUCCGUGCGAGAAAUUGACAUUUCGGGACAAGCUGGACCUUGUCGAGCAUUUGAGAGAGCGUGAACUCUUCACGAAACUGCCGACCAGUGUGGUUGGGGAUCGUGUACACGAACGCUAUCUAUGGCAUUCUUGCACUGCGACAUACGGUACGACCGAGGUCAAAAUCGAUAUCUUUCCUGAGAUCGAUGAAGAAGAGCGACUUGUGGUUCGGACCGAGUAUCAUAUGUACGUGGAACCUAGUCGGCUGGGGAAACACCAACACAUCACGCCCCGUUUCGGGUGUGCGCAUCGAUCCAUGGACCUCUGGCUCUCCAGUGUCUGUCAGACGCUGUAUUGCAAUCGCUACGAUUCUUUCUGCUCGGCGUGCAGGCGCAUAUCGGUCUGCGGCACCUGUGAAACGACGCUGAAGUGUCCAAGAAAGCGGCCAAACCACUGCCAUGGGACCAACAAGGUGGAGUACUUCUUCUGGACGCAGAGAUGCCUUGGGAAAUCAACCACGAUCCCGGACAAGGAAUGGGCAAGGCAAAGAAUUCACCCCGUCGAGUCGCAUGUCACCUGGACUAGCUGUCGCGAGCUCUGCCCCUGGACGAUACGCGUGCACCCACCGCCCAACGAGGCGCCGUCUUUGGGUGAUGAUAUCUUAGACUCUGCUCUGGAAAACAAUAGUGGGGGAUUUGCGAAUCAAGUUUACUCAUCGCUGCAAUUGUCUGUGCGCGACAAGAGACCUCAUGUAUAUAUUAAGCUUAUCCACAAGCCAAGCCCAGCAUCUGAGAUCGGUGGAUCAGAGGAGGAUGGUUUCUCCGAGCCGACCGCAAGACAGCUGAAAGACACGCCUGGCGGGGACGCGCUGCGAUCGCGGAUCGACGGUGCAGCAGCAGCAGCAAUCAGAACCUCACUCCAUGGCAGAUCGGGUCUAUGUCAUAGACAGCGCACGCAGCAGUAUCCUUCACAGUAUCUGCAGCAGCCGCCGCAAAACCACCCGCGUCCUCCGCCGGUCCAGCAGCAGUACAAUGUUAAUCCGAACUCGCCGUACCAGCAAUAUGGCAAGCCCUAUGUCUAUGCGCAAGCCAUAGUCCCUCCAUAUCCUCCUGCCUACGGACAGCAGCAGCAGCAGCAACAACAACAACGGCAGCAACAACAGCAACAAUAUCUCCAGCAGACACUGCAACGAUCGCCGCCGCAGCAACAGCAACCACAGCAUCGCCAAUCGGGGCCUCCGCUACAGUAUGUGAAUCCGGCGCAAACCACUUUUCCACAAUCGCCCAUCCAUGGCGGCGUGUCUGGCCCUACGGCCCCCUCCCACCUCAUCCAUGGUCCCUCCCCGCAGUCUCCGGUCACUCAGUAUGGCGGAAUGUCUGCUGUCUCGCCCUCACUCUCUUCGGUCCCGGGCCCUUCGCCGUACUACGCCGUGCCCAGUCCCGGGCAGCCCCAGGUGUAUGGCCAAUAUAUCUCUGCCGUGCAGCCACCGUCCGCUCCUCCUCCUCCUUCUUCUACAGUCGCAGCUGCUCCGUCGUCCCAACCGAAAAGUCAGACUUCGACUGUCCCGGCUCACUCUGCGCCAGCUGCUUCACCAGUCUCUAAGCUGGUUCCUCAAGUGGUGAUUCCUUCACCGCAGAAGAUGCCGUCCAAGGCAACGCCGCCGGACCCUCCCAAAAAGCAGACUGAAGUCCAGCAAUCUCAAGAAGCUGUCCAGAAGCCUAGCAAGCCUUCGAUAGAUUACCAGUUGCUGCUUUUGGCAUUAGCGGAUGAGUAUCUGAAUGCGGCCCACAGUCAGGGAACACUAAUUGCGCUGUCAAAGAAAGAGGUGGAGCUCGAAGAGUACUAUAAGUUGGUCGCCACGGGACUUGGUUGUUUGGAAGCUGUAUUAAGGAAUUGGAGACUGCAACCACGGACGGAAGCUCUGAUCCGAUUACGAUAUGCACGAGUUCUUUUUGAGGAGACCAAUAAUGACCUGGAGGCCGAGACAGCACUGAGUAAAGGAAUUGACUUGUGUGAACGACAACUCCUUGCGCGUAUGCUGUACAAGUCAAACCCGAAAGCUGCUGUGAAAGCGGUUGAUGGCAUGAUUCAAGACGUGGAAACGUACCGACACGUCCCUUGGGAAUAUGCUUUUCGUCUGCUCCGGGUGAGCCUUGCAUUGUCGUCCGGUUCUCAUCAGGAGUUUGUGACUGCCAUCCAUAAUUUACAUCGAAUCUCCAACUUAGCCAACCGCAACGGUGACAAGGUCAUGUCAGUGGUCGCUGCUGUGAUUGAAGCGCUUGCACAUCUGCAGCAAUCGACGAGCUCCGAUGCUAUCGAGCAGGCUCAGCGCGCCGUGGCUGUAGCGCGCAGCCAUCAACUUGACGAUAGAGUCCGCGACAUUCCACAGAUCGGUUCCAUGAUCCAGAUGGUUGAUAUUUCCUGUAGUUUGCUCGAAUACGACGUUAACCAGUCGUCUCAGAAACUACAGAUCAUGCAGAACUUGAUGGACCAACGGAUCAAUGAUUCACGCUGGCGUGAUGACGGAUCCUUUUCCAUUCCACUUAAUAGCAAAACUGCUGGGUCAUCAUUGACUGAUUCUGGAGAUAUAAUGCAAGUUGAAGAUGGCAAAUUGACUUUGACGUUGAGCUGGCUACCUCAACAUGAUCUCUACACGCUGUGUUACUUCUUGAGCUCUGUUACGUUGAGUGCCAAGAAUUCCCAUGAUGGCCGGAAGGCUGAGAAAUACCUUCAAGAGGGAUUGCGUAUGAUCCGAGGCACUUUCAAGGCACCCGAAGAAAUAAGCGAGUCGCUCGUGACUGCUGGCAGGCGUCUUGAAUGGCGGCGAAUUUUGUACUGCAACAUGUUACUCCAACAAAUAUUCCUUGCAUGCGCAAGGACCGAUUGGGAACUGGCCAAUCAGACCCUAAAAGAAUUGCGUCGAGCUGCCGAAGACCUUGGCGACAGUCUUCCUGAAGCGGUGCGGUGCCUCAUGCAAUACGCUACUGGCAUCAUCGCACAGGGCACUGGCGACGUGGUAGCCGCCCUGGCCGCGUUUGAAUCGCCAAUCCUCUCCCUUUCGCAGUCCACCAGCAAAACCGCGCGCAACGAUCCCCGACGGGAUACUGCCAUUCUCGCCGCGCUCAAUACGAUCCUCAUCCUUCGAGAACCUUCUCACCCGUCUCAUUCGAGGCUUCCUCAGGUUUUGUCUGCAGUUGAACCAUUCUGCCAGGGCAGUUCCAACAAAUAUCUCCAAGCCGCCUAUUAUCUGGUCUGUGCCACCGUCCAGACAGAUUCCACCAUCCAGACGAAGCAGUAUCUCCAGCAGGCCCUUCAGUCGGCCACUGCCAUCGGUAACAGCCAGAUCAUAUGCAUGACACUGACGUUCAUGAGCUGGAAGUACUUCCGUGGCGUGGUGGGCGAACAGUCGGAGAAGAGCGCGCGGGCCGGUCGAGCGAUGGCCAAAAAGGCCAAUGACCGGCUCUGGGUCAGCGUCACUGAUGAGAUGCUGGCCGAGACACUCGAUCGGCAAGGCAAAGCAGAAGAGGCUCAAACAGUGCGGGAGGAAGCGCAUCGCGUCAUGAUGGGCCUUCCUCCGGCGCUGAAACAUACGGAGAUUCGUUGA